AAAUUUUCAAAUCAUCAAACUUUUGGUACGCAAAAUCGUAAUUUACCAGGUAAAAAUAGAAUAGCAAGCCCUCCAAGAAGUUGAGGUUGAAACAAGAAGAUGACACAGACAAGGGAGCUAUUGGAUGGCGGGAAUGAUGACUACCCGCCGUCACCAACCACCACACCCUUCAAACGCACGACACUCCAACCUCUCAACCACUUCCCCCGACUGAUUAGCCUCCUCCCCACAGCUCUUCAUGCCCCAAAUCCCACUUUCAUCUUUCCCCCAUUAUUCUUUCUUCAUCAAUGGCGCAUUCGGGAUUUCGGGGUCGACUUACGCGGUUCCUGCUCGCGUUCGCUGUUCUUCUGGUCCUUGUUUCACUUAGAACAAAGACAUUUGCGGCCGCUGAUGACGGCGCCGGCGGCGGAGGAGGGGGCAAUUGUAAUGCGGAUCUUAGUAGCGUUCUUCCACCUCCCUUCAGUAAUAUGUCUUUCGCUCACUGCAAACCGGUUUGGAAUACGUACGCUAUAAGAUUUGUUGAUACUAAAGAGCAUGUUCUGACCAUAGUGUUGUCUGCUGAAUAUACAACUGGAUGGGUAGGAAUUGGGUUUUCAAAGGAUGGUAAAAUGGUUGGCUCCAGUGCUAUGGUGGGUUGGAUAAAUCGACAUGGUCGAGCAAAAAUCAAGCAAUACUACUUGCGUGGUUUGAAGGCAUCGGAAGUUAUACCAGAAAAAGGUGAAUUGCCUCUUACUAAUGUUCCAGCUGCAGUUGUGCUCCAUGAGGCAACAAUCCACUUGGCCUUUCAGCUGAAGUUUGAGCAUGCUCUUCGUGGCCAACCUAUUCUACUAGCCUUUUCAACUGCAUACCCAACCCACCACCAUUUAUCCAAACAUGUAGACAAGACAACAAUCAUGUUCGACUUUGCUGAAGAUCCAUAUCCUGAAACCAAAAAUUACAACCAGUUUAAGAAAAAUCAUGGGAUAUUGGCAAUUUUUGGUUGGGCUUUGGUCCUUCCUUUUGGGGCAAUUGUUGCAAGAUAUUUCAAGCAUAAGGAUCCCCUUUGGUAUUAUCUUCAUACAGUCAUACAAUUUGUGGGAUUUAUUUUUGUGCUUUCUGCUGUGGUAGUUGGACAGGUACUCUACAAUGGAAUAGAUGCCAAUGUACCAGCACAUAGAAAUAUCGGCAUAUUUGCGUUCGUGCUUAUUAUUCUUCAGAUACUGGCAUUCUUUGUACGACCCGAUGUUGACUCCAAAAUCCGCAGAUAUUGGAAUUGGUACCACCAUUGGUUUGGAAGGCUUGCCCUCUUCUUUGGAGCUGUGAACAUAGUGUUGGGAAUCCAAGUUGGGGGUGCAGGGAACUCAUGGAAGAUUGGCUAUGGUUUUCUACUUAGUGUAAUUUUAGUCACAGUAAUAGUUCUAGAAGCAUUGUCAUGGAUGAGAAGAUCAGACAAGACCGGUCAGCAUCCAGCUUUCCAAAUGAAUCCAAUUUAGAUGACAAAGAAUGCAAAAUUUUGCAUAUGGGUCGUGUACUUUUGAUGAGGUGGGAGACACUAGCCUUGCACCAUCUGCUCUUUUAAAUGUGACCAGGAAGUGAUAAAAUUGAACCAAGGAGAAACAGUUACCUACCUCUACAUGCCGUUUGCUUUAUGGUUGCUUGUGUGUGGUACUGAGAACAAAUGCCAAUAGCCAGAUGAGUGUGCAAAUUUUGACUGUCCAGCAUUCAACUUCCUCAAACCAAAAAUCACAUUGAAAGAUGAGCCUCCUCUCUCUUAUGUUGAGUCCUUUCAUCACUUUCUAAGCAUGCAUAUGAAGAUUGAUAUGCUUGGCAUUUGGAUGGCAUGCGAUUUAAAAAUAAAAUAAAAAUCUGUCGACAUGCUUUAAAUGUUUGUUACGUGCUAUUCCAUCAUAACCCCCUAUUUGUUUUUCUUGUUAGUUAAGCCAUCAAAUUUUGUUAUCUUUGUAAUAGAAAACUAAUGAGCCUCAUUGUUAAAGAAUUUUAGUGGCAUAUAUGUAAUAAAAUGGCAUGAUUUGGCACUA